AUGUCGGCGGCGCUCGGGAACGGCGGCCGGUACAGAGCAGCCCCAGGGGCUGCGGGGAAAGUCGCCCUAGAAAGAGGCGGCACCGGCGGCGCUCCAGAGGGCCGAUCUCAGGACAAAACAAACCCACCUGAUUUUGAACUUUGUGGAGAUGAGGAAGAUGACCUGGAGAAGGUCACAAUUGUAUCUGAGAAUAACUCCAAGCACAUUUAGGUUUCUUGCUCUGCAUAUCAUAGAAUCAUCAUCCCAUACCACCUUCUUUAUCAUAAAAGAACCUACAAAGCCCUAAUUUUACUAGACUUUGAUACCUUGAAGACUGACAACAAAAAUCUUUUGGCUUAGAGCCACAAACUAAUUUCAAAAUUGACCCAGAUUCCUAAAUUGAGACACAUUAAGCAGAAGAUUGUUUAUUCAUUUGAAUUCUUUAUGGAUAACCAUACUCCCACAUCAUAUUGUGAUCUUGCUAAUAUUAACAAUCCUGGUACUUUUAAAAAAAUAAAUAAUUCUUUAAUAAAUGCAUUAUCUAUCUGCUAAGACAGAAACUCCACAUGACAGGGAGAUAAGGAAGGCAGGUUUGUUGGGCUUGACACCUGUGGAUAUAGGUGAUGUUUUGGGGGGUUAGUUGAUAGCUUUCAUGGUGUGGCAGCUGCAACAAUUGCAGCAAAGCUUCCACUUUUACUUCUUGACCAGCUUUCUCCAGUGGCUUCCUCCUGAAAGGAUAAAUGGCAAGUUCUAGAUUCUUGUGCCACACUGAUCAGGGCAGCUUAGCGAGAAAGAUUUUUCUCUGAUAAACUAGGCAAUGACAAGACCCAUAUUGUGGAAUGGAUCCACAAAGCAUAUGCCAGCAAGCCCUUUCGGAGAAUGCAUAGACUUUUACCACUGGGAAGGAAUGAGGUUUCCAAAGUUUGCUGUAGUGGCUGUUCAGCAGUUACCUGCUUGGCAGCAGGAAUCCCCAGCAAAGAGACAGAUGGCACUGAGGAAGAAGAAAGAAGACACUUUGAAAACAACACACAGCCCAUUAGCCAGGACAGUCAAAGGUGUUGCAGGGUUACGAAACCUGAUCCAGAACUGUCUCUUUUCAGUAAGAGUGAAGUAAAUUCAUGGAACAGAGAUACAAACCAGCUCGAUUCUAGCACACAAAGUGGUUCUGAAGAACUGAAACAGUUUGAGGACAGAGAAGUUCACCCGUGUAACAGUUUUCAGCCACAGUCAUAGGCUGCAGAGCAAGAAACAGACACCAAUGCUUUUUGUGCAACAGGUCAAAGUUGCACCCAUAAACAGCUGCAAGAGAACAUACUGGCAAUAGAGUCUAAAGACAUGAACCAGCCCCCCAAGGAUACAAAAGCACACCUAUCUAAUUAGGACUCAGGUCCACAACUGGCAGAAAAAAUGGACUCCAAGAUAUUUUGUGACAAACCUGCAAGGCCAAAGCUGCUAGUGACUGUAUCACCAGUGGGUUUUAGACCACCACCACAGUUUGAAGAGGACACAAAUACAUGCCUGCCUAAUUGCAAAUCACAAACUGCAGGAAGAGGCACCUCUGAGACACUCUAUGACAAUGCAGGAAGCUACAUUAGUGACCAACUGGUGAAGAGUGCAGUAGCUGCAGGUUCAAGAUAUAUUACUAUUUUGAUGGUAGUUCUAAAUGGGUGUGAUAAGAUACUCAAUUACCUCAGCACUUAG